UGCUAAAAUAAACUAUGACUUAAACAACAAAUAAAAGUAAUCCUUAUCAAAGGUUGAUAAAUAUUUCGAUACCUGUACCGUUACACUUCACAACCCAGUUUUGUGUUUUAUCUUUGUUAUCAAAGUAGAUAACUUAGUGUUUUUACACCCGCUUAGCUUAGUUAGAUAAAUCAUUUCUUAAUAAACUGGUGCGAAUAGGUGGAGUUUAUAUUUUUAUCGUUUUUUGUGAUCGUUAAGAACUACCAUUAAACAGAUUCUUAUUUCUUCCAAUGAAUCAAUGAGAAAAGAUGAAUUGGAAGAAAAUUUUCCUUUUUACUUUUUUGGCGAUUGCUGUCGUUUCGGCGCAAGAUGAUCUCGAAACAACCGAAACCGACGUAGAUAAUGUUGAAAUAGUUCCAGAAAUUACUCUAGAUGAAACUGAACCGCAUGUAGAAAAUGAGGAACCCCAUGAGGAUCCAAUCGAAAAUGUGGAGACAUCUGUGGCAACGGUAGAAGAUGCGGAACAAAAAUCAGAGAAAUUAACGGAUUAUGUGGAUUAUGCAAAUUACGAUUCAAUAAAGUCUCGAUUUGCACCACCUGAUCAACGUUCACAAAGAGCUGGAGGAGGAGUUCCAUAUGUAAUCACAGAAGCCCGAUUACGCGAAAUAAGAAGUGAAUUUAUGUAUUGGUUUUUCGAUAUGGGAGGUAGCGACAAUGAAGGUGAUUUUCAAAGGGCGAUCCAAUCAUCAACGCAGACGAUUCAUAAAAAUCUCAAUUUUCAACUUCCUUUCUUCGGUUUCCGUUUUAAUUACACCAGAGUUUCGAUGAACGGUUACUUAGAAUUUAGUGACCCGCCGGAAAAUUAUGGAGGUUACCCUCUGACUUUCCCAGUUAAAGAUUGGCCGAGGGUAAACGAUCCGAGUUUUAUCGGGAUUUUCUUCAGUAAAUGUAGGAUUGGUUCGAUUCGUGCUGAGGAUAUCGAUCAAAGAAGACCCGGUGUUUAUUACCGCAUGGAAAGAGAUUUGCAAUUUAGAACCGAUCAAUUUGGCGUUGAAGCAUACGAAAGGGUUAAGUGGGAUGUUCGUGAAGGAAUGAUUGGUGCUGAUAAUUUUGAUCCAAAACAUAUGGUUAUUGUGACAUGGAAAAAUGUUACGUUUGCCGGGGGAAUUAGUCAGUCGUUAUUCCACACUAACACUUUUCAAGUGGUUUUGGCUACCGAUGAAGUUGUUACUUAUGCUAUUUUUAAUUAUCUUGAUAUUCAAUGGUCAGCUCACACUGAGGCUGGGGGAGAUACACUUAAAGGAGAAGGAGGUAUUCCCGCGUUUGUUGGUUUUAACGCCGGAAAUGGAAGUAGAGCUUAUGAAUAUCAACCGUACAGUCAAGCAUCAGUAAUUCGAGACUUAACAGGACGUGGUUGGACGAAUGGUUUUCCCGGACGACACGUUUUCCGGAUUGAUGAAAAUAUAUUAACCGGAAAUUGUAAUAAAGAUAUCGACGGAGCUAAUCUCCCAUUAAUAUUCGCCCCAGAAAGUGGAAAUAUGUUAGGAGGUACCGUGGUAAACAUAACAGGUCCUUGUUUUAGACCUAGAGAUAAAAUUCGUUGCAAAUUUGAUAUUGCGGAUGAAGUUUUUGGAAUAGUCGUAGAUACUAACAGAGCGAUUUGCGUUCAACCAAGAUUAACAGUACAAGGAUAUGUUCGUUUUGAAAUUGCUAUUAAUAAUGAGGUGUUUAAAUGGAAAGGUAAAUAUUAUGUUGAACCUCCUGGGCAAGCCACCGAAAAAAUUUUCUUCGACGACAAUUCAAUCCACCAAAGAAACCCAACAGAAAUUCGACUGAAAUGGGUCAAACAAAAUUUAACGAUAAACGAUAAUGCGCCGAUUUCAAUCUCCCUUUGGGGUUAUAGAGAAACAAGUAUUCGGCCGGAAUUCUUGUACAUCGAUUUAAUCGCCGAGGGAAUUACGAACGUUGGUGAAUACACCAUUACUCCCGCUACGUUUAGAAACCGCGAAAAUCGAAUUGUAUCCGACAUGAAAUUCGGUUUCUUACAAAUUAAUUUAACCAAUCCCAUUUUUAUUAACGGAACUAAUGGGUAUUCGGUUACCCCCAUGAUUUGGAGUCGUCCAAUUCCUUUGGGAUGGUACUUUAACUUCCAAUGGGAAAGAGAUUAUGGAUCAAAUUGGCCAUUGGCACUUUGUAAUGAAUGGUUACGAACUGAUCGAUUUUUGAAAAGUUUCACUCAUAAAUUAAAUCAAUGUCCUUGCACUUUACAACACGCUUUGAAUGAUAAGGGACGAUUUUUGCCCGAUUUUGAUUGCGAUAGAGAUUCAAAUCCUUUAUGUAUGUAUAAUAGAGGAGCUAUGCAUUGUGUAAGAACUGGAGCACCGACCCUUGAUGGUUCUGAACAACAAUGUUGUUACGAUAAAAUGAAUUUCUUAAUGUUAUCGUACGAUCAGCAAUGGGGAUCAUUCCCUCGUCGUUCCCAUAAUUUAGGUUUCCUUCCAUGGACCGAACCAACGAAAGUUCCCUCCCUUUCACAAUGGUUCCAUGAUAUGGUUCCAAGAUAUUUAUGUUGCAUGUGGCAAAGUGAACAAGCCGUCGGCUGCGAAACCCUUCGAUUUGAAAGAAGACCAUCUCAAGAUUGCGUUUCUUAUCAAGCACCUUCAAUUGCUGGUGUUUUUGGAGAUCCGCACAUAAUCACGUUCGAUAAUUUAGCUUACACAUUUAACGGUAUGGGCGAAUUCGUUUUGGUGCGAGUUAAUACUCCCGAUCAUCAAUUGGACGUGCAAGGAAGAUUUGAACAAAUGCCAAUGAAUUUAUAUGGUGAAGUUAGAGCUACUGAAUUAACAUCGGUGGUAGCUCGAGUGAAUAAUACGGUGGUUGAAGUUCGACGCCGUCCAGAAUACGCUAGAUGGAGAUAUAGAUUAGAUGUUAUCGUUGAUAAUAGGAGAGUGUACUUCGAUCGCCCAGCUUUGAAAUUCCAACAUUUCCCGGAUGUAACUGUUUACACACCAACAUAUAUUUUAAAUCAAUCCGAAGUUAUUAUGAUGUUUGAUUCGGGAGUGGGUGUUGAGGUACUUGAAAAUCGUGGAUUUUUAACCGCGAGGGUGUAUUUACCAUGGACUUUUAUCAAUCAAACUAGGGGAUUGUUUGGUAAUUGGAGUUUCGAUGUAGAAGAUGAUUUCGCCCUUCCUGAUGGUACCCUAGUACCAAUUCAUACAAACUUAAACGAAUUUCAACGCAUUUACACCGAUUUCGGUAUGCAUUGGAUGCUGGAAGAUAACCACCAAGAAGGAAUAGGGGCGGCGUUAUUCUAUAGGGAAUUUGGUCGACUUGCUUCGUCGUUUAACAAUCGAAGUUUUAUACCAGAAUUUAGAACCGAUCUAAAUCAAUUGAUUCCGCCGAAUCGAUCUUUGCAUCGAGAAGAAGCUUGGCAAUUCUGUCACGAAAACUAUCAUUGCCAAUACGAUUUCGCAAUGACUUUGGAUAGACACUUGGCCCAUUUCUCUUUGAAUUAUUUCAAUACCAUUAUCAACAUGAGAAAGCAGAAUUCAAUAAGAACAAUUUCUUGCGGAAUUUUGCCUACGCCUAGAUUUGGAAGAAAAAGUACUUUCUUCUUUAUACCGGGAACAACUGUCCAAUUUGAAUGUGACCAAAACUUUGUACUUGUUGGGGAUCCAAGGAGAGAAUGCUUAGCUCACGGGCAAUGGGAUACACCUAUUCAUGGAUACACAGAGUGUCUUCGUGAACAAGAAUAUUCCUCUAGAACUGCUGGAAUAACCACUGCAAUAGUGUUAGCUAUUGUAGUACCAUUAGUCAUUUUGCUUGCUUACAUAAUCAUUAAAGCUUACCGAAAAUUAAGCGAUAAACGCAACGAUAACUCAUGGUUAUACGGCCCCCCAUCGCGUUCGGCGAGUCGUAUGAAAAUGAACGAAAUCGGAUCGGGAACAGCAUCCCCAGAAGAUGAGUAUACAUACAGAAGUCCCGUGAUGAGCGAUCGAGGUAGUUACGGGGACACAUUACCUCAAAAAAGACGCAGUUACGAUCGAAGUUAUCGUACUAACGAGCCAUUAAAAGAUCGCCCCAACAUAGAUUUUGAGGAAGGAGAUUAUGACGCAGAUUCGCCAAUAAAUUCAGAAUUUCGAGAUUCAACAGGACCGGUUUAUUCAGAACCUUAUAUUACGACGCCCCCAUUAGAUCGAUCAUUAUCACCACCGAAAUAUAGCUCUCCACCACCACUUCCAAAACCGAACGUCACCCCAAGUCCAGUUGCAGCAAUGCCAGAAUAUAGCUUUGUCGAUAAAGAUAAAAAACAUAAAGAUCAAAUUACGAAAAGUCAACGCAAUUUAGUUACAGAUGUUUAAGAUAUUAAUUUUAAUGUAAUUUUAUUUUCUUAGUUUUAUAACAAUAAAUUUAUUUUGGAAGGAA